UGUUUUGAUUACCACCUUCGCUGUCGCGUCUCCAUCUUUAGCACCAAAAAACACAUACUUUGACCUGAGAAAUUUUAAAGCAAUUCUGUGCAAUUUCGAAACAACACAACAAAAAAUGAAACUAACAAUCAAAAUUCUCAAAGGAGACGAAUAUGUCGUUGAGGCGACCGAGGAAUCCACCAUCAUGGACAUCAAGCAGGAUCUCGAGCGCAAAAGUAUGAUCCCGGUGGAGCAUCAGAAAUUGCUGCUCGUGGGAAAGACUCUGUCCGACGAGAAAACCGUCGCAUCCUACGGUAACAUCAAGGACGGCACCAAACUUACGCUGGUGGUGAAGAAACCCGACCCACUGAGGGAAGUUAUAUUCCGACAGUUCAAGAAGUACCUGCAGGAAGAGCAAUCCCAGCGACUGACCAACGAGUUUAUGAAUGACUUCGACAGUAAAGUUCAGCAGCUUAGUUUAGACGAUUUGGAAAAAAUAGCUAGCGACAUUCUUGCAAAGAAGGGUCAAAAUGUGUGAUAGGUUUUUAGACGAUACUAGAUUGUUGAGAUGAUUUUGAAAAUAAAAAAACUUACCUUGUAAAAGCUGA